CGGCUUUCUUAACCUUGCAGUGAAAGAAUCUUUAAAACUGCACACAUUUUUUUAAACUGCACACAUCUUCUUUUUAAAGUCAUUUGGGAUAAGUUUAUUUAAUCUUGAAUUUACUUUGCACAAUGCUUUACUUAAGUUUUGAGUGUUUGGACAUAGCAAAUGUUUUUCUCUUUAUAUAAAUAAACUCUGUAAUAUCUCUUUCAUUUGAUCAGAUUUGGCGAUGAUGGACAUGAACUGUUCUUGGAAAUUUCUGACAAGUGUUUGCAUAAUAUCAAUUCUCCUUGGCUCUUGUUCUGCUUACGAGAAUGUUUGUCUAGUUGAUGCUCAAGAAGACAACGAAAAAAAUCAAAUGACACUGCAAGUAGAUGUUACUAACGCCACAGGACGACCCAUUCCUGAAACCCUUUUUGGGAUCUUCUUCGAGGAGAUCAAUCAUGCUGGAGCAGGUGGACUGUGGACUGAACUUGUUAACAACAGAGGAUUUGAAGCUGGUGGACAAAUCAUUCCUUCUAGUAUCUGGCCUUGGUCCAUCAUUGGAGAUGAAUCAUCCAUAUCUGUAGUUACAGACCGUUCUUCAUGUUUUGAGCGCAACAAAAUUGCACUUAGAAUGGAAGUGCUUUGUAGCAGCAAUGGUUGUCCAUCACAAGGAGUCGGGGUUUAUAACCCGGGUUACUGGGGCAUGAACAUUGAAGAAGGAAAGAAAUACAACGUGACCCUUUAUGUGCGUUCCACUGGGGACAUCAAUGUGUCUGUGUCUUUGACAAGCUCGAAUGGAUCAUUGACUCUUGCUUCAGAGCAGAUUAUAGCUUUGGCUUCUGAUGUUUCAAACUGGACAAAGAAGGAAGUGCUUUUGGAGGCAAAUGGAACAGAUGAUGGCGCAAGACUUCAGUUGACAACCACCAAAAGUGGUUCAAUAUGGUUUGAUCAAGUCUCAGCCAUGCCCAUGGAUACUUAUAAGGGACAUGGUUUUAGGAACGAUCUUUUCCAAAUGAUGGUUGAUCUAAAACCCCGUUUCAUCCGUUUCCCAGGUGGUUGUUUUGUGGAGGGUGAAUGGUUAGGAAACGCAUUCCGCUGGAAAGAAACCGUGGGAGCUUGGGAAGAGAGAGCUGGCCACUAUGGUGAUGUUUGGAAGUACUGGACUGAUGAUGGUCUUGGCCAUUUUGAGUUCUUUCAACUGGCUGAAGAUCUCGGUGCAGCUCCAAUAUGGGUGUUUAACAGUGGAAUCAGUCAUAAUGAUCAAGUUGAAACAGCAAGUAUCAUGCCAUUUGUUCAAGAAGCGCUAGAUGGUAUUGAGUUUGCUCGUGGUGAUGCUAAUUCAACAUGGGGAUCAGUUCGAGCUGCAAUGGGACAUCCAGAGCCUUUUAACCUUGAAUAUGUUGCGGUCGGGAAUGAAGAUUGUUGGAACAAAUACAGAUACUACAAAGGAAACUACCUUGAGUUCUAUAAUGCAAUCAAGAAAGCCUAUCCAGACAUCAAAAUCAUCUCCAACUGCGAUGGAUCGUCUCAACCACUAGAUCACCCUGCUGAUUACUAUGAUUAUCACGUUUAUACUCUUGCCAAGGAGCUAUUUUCCAUGUCCCAUAUGUUUGACAAAACAUCGCGUGAUGGUCCAAAGGCUUUUGUUAGUGAAUACGCUGUGAACAUAACAGAUGCUAAUACUGGAAACCUUCUAGCUGCUCUUGGUGAAGCAGGUUUCCUCCUUGGUUUGGAAAAGAACAGUGAUGUUGUAGGAAUGGUAAGUUAUGCACCUCUCUUCGUUAACAUAAACGACACAAGGUGGUUGCCAGAUGCAAUAUUUUUCAAUUCCUCUCAUUUGUAUGGAACACCAAGCUAUUGGGUCCAACAGUUCUUCACAGAGUCAAGUGGAGCAACUCUUCUCAGCUCUACUCUCCAGGGAGAUUCUUCUUAUGUUGAAGCAUCUGCCAUAUCCUUCAAAACCAAUGGCUCUGAUUACAUACAGAUUAAGGCUGUUAACUUUUCAAACGUAACAGUGGAGCUGAACGUAAAGAUGACAGGGUUGAACUCGAGCAAAACAAACGUUUCUGCAACAAAGAAGAAAGUACUUACAUCCGCCAAUGUGAUGGAUGAGAACUCUUUCUCUAACCCAGAGAUGAUUGUGCCACAAGAAAGCUUGCUGGUGAUGCCGGAAGGGGACCUGACGUUCGUUCUCCCGCCGUACUCGUUCUCAUCAUUCGACUUGUUGAAAGAAGCUGCAUACAUGAAGCUUCCAAUACCUGAGUUGACUUCAAUACUGUGAAGACAAAAAGCACGUAGUAGAGUUUGUCCUACGUAUUUCUGUUUCAAUAAAUAUGUAGGCUCGAAGAUUUAUAAAACAAUGUGUAAGUGGAUGAUUGAUUACCAAUUUAGUUGAUUAAAAUCA